GACGCCGCGGUCGCGCCCAGCAGGAGUUCUGGGAAGCUCGGCGCCCAGCGCGGACCCUUCUCUCGCGGCCUCGCCUGGCGGCGCCAUGCUUACCUCGCGGGUCCUCUCAGCUCCGACGGCCCCCGGAGGUCGGGAGCGUGAGUACUGAAAGGGCACCGCCUAGCUUCUCACCUGACGGUGAACUAGAGGUGCUUGUAGCUUAAAUGCUAACACAGAAAUGGAGAUAUUAAGCUCAUCUUCUACCAUCUCUGAGCAGCAGCUGCAGAGUCAACAGAGAGUGAGCAACACUAAAACAGACCUUACCAAACAGAGUCUCAUCUCAUCCAAGGAAUGGCUUCAACUUCAUGGGCUUAAGAGCAACAGAUUGACCUUGAAACAGAUUUUGUCACAAAUUGGAUUCCCGCACUGUGAAGAUUAUGUCACUUCUCUGGGGAGACUUGUGGCUUCCAGGUAUGCUGAUGGCCUAUUCCCACAGUUCUACACAGUGGAGGAUGGCAGAAUAUACAAUUUGACAGCUAACUCAGGACUGAUCAGUCAGUUUGUGCAACAAUUGACCCAAGCUGUAGAGCGCUACAAGCAACGAAUGGACUGGCUCACCAGCCGAAGCAGGCAGAUUUUUGGUGUCAUAUUGGAGCAGUGUAUCUCCAUAGUGCUGGAUUUGGGUGGCAUGCUGCAGGAGGAGCUUCCUCUGUGCCAAGAUGCUCUAAUAAUGGUCCUCCAGGAACAGGUGGCUCACAUAUCCAAGUUCAAUAUCAUAUGGGUUUCAGAAGAGCCUGUGAAAUGGCGGGAAAAUGCUGUUCCUGUGACAGGACACUCUAUUGCUGCUGCAAUCAGUUGGGUUGAAAAACUAACUUUUGAGCUGGUGGUGAGACAGACUUGCCGCUUGGAUGCCCUGCUGGAAGCUGGGAAAGACAGAUCUAUUGAAUCCAUUUACUACUUUGUGGUGGGGGACAUUCCUGAGGAAUCCAAGGAGCUUCUUUUUCAGAGGGCUUUGGAGAUCCCAUGUCCUGUCUGUACAGUUUCCUUCAAUGCCAGAGGAGAAGGCACUAUAGCUUUCUUAAAGGAUAUGAGUACCAAGACCCACAGCAGAUUCCAUGCAUUUGCAGAGAGAACACAGUAUAUGGAAUUUCCUGCAUUUCCCAUGAAGGAUGAUGACAGCAUCAUUACUUGGAAUUCAAGGAGAUUGAAAGGAAAACUCCCUCCAGGAGCCGGGGUGAGAGAGGAUGUAUAUCUCAUUUGGAAGGAGAUGGUGGAAGCCUGCAGCUCUCUGGCUCAGAUCCAGAAGCUGGUGACUCAGGUUCCUAGUUCCAGCAUGACCACACAGGACAGCGAAUUUGGAGCAACCUCUGUUGAGAAGGAAUCAGCUCCAGAGGACAUCUGGGACUCUACGAAGUGGCUACAGAAAUUUGGCUUGAAAGCUCAAAAGCUAUCAUUUUAUGAUGUCCUUGCUGACUGUUCCUUCCGCCACGCUGAUGGAGUUGUGGAUAUAAAAGCCAAGCCAUAUGAUGAGUCCGUGCAGACCAGUGCGGAGACCAAUAAGAAAACAGUCCAUGCAAAAUAUUGCAGCAAAUUUAUCAAUGCUCCCUGGAAGGAUGGGAGCUUGGUCCAUGUCUGCAUUACCAAGGAGAAGUACACAUGGUACAGUGAGAGAAUUCAUGCAGUCCUGGCCCAGAUCCAGAAGCGGAUUAAAUGGUUACAGGAUGGGAGUCCAGUCCUCUUUGGAAAAGUAUGUAAUGAUUGUAUCUACAUACUCAUUGAUACAUCUCACUCAAUGAAGGGCAAACUGGAUUUGGUAAAGGACAAGAUCAUCCAGUUUAUACAGGAACAGCUGAAAUAUAUAAGGAAAUUCAAUUUUGUACAGUUUGAUGCAAAAGCAGUUGCUUGGAGGGAAAAGCUUGUUGAAGUUAAUGAAGAUAAUUUGAAACAGGCUGAGUCAUGGAUUAGAAAUAUUAAGAUUGGAAGUUCCACAAACACCCUGAAUGCCCUGCAGAUUGCUUUUGCUGAUAAAGAGACACAGACAAUCUACCUUUUGACGGAUGGGAGACCUGAUCAGCCACCUGAAAUGGUUCUAGAUCAAGUCAAAGUUUUUCCAGAAAUUCCUGUUUAUACCAUCUCCUUCAAUUACUAUGAUGAGAUUGCAAAUGAAUUUUUGAAAGAGCUUGCUUCUCUGACUGGAGGAGAAUUCCACUGUUAUAAUUUUGGCUGCAAGAAUUUUUGUCCUCCAGAGACUGUGCAGGAUGAAGACCUGAUGCUUUUAAUUAAGGAAAUGGAGCAGGGACAACGUGACCUGAAGAAGGUACAAAACCUUUAUUCAGAGUCCUUGAUCAUGGACUGGUGGCACAAUGGAGAAAAGGAAGGAGACAAUAAGCAUCAAAAAGAAAUCUGUUCUAUGGCUUCAACCCCAGAAAAAUGUGCAGAACCUCAUUCUGACGUUGAAUCAACUCGAUCAUCCUCCCUAAAUAUAUCAAUAGCAACAGGGGACCUUUCAGAUCAAAAGAUUCAGAAAAAGAAAAUCCUCCAUGCAGAGUCAACCAAAACCAGCUUGCUCAGAAGUCAGAUAUCCACACUCAAGAACUCAACUUGUAAUGAGAGGAAGAAUAACUGGAACACUCCAAGUGAUGAGGAAAUGAGCAUUCUGCUGACAAAUGAGUAUAUAGAUGACAACAUGUUAGAAAAACUGAUUCGAGAAGAAAGUGAAGUUUAUGAUCCAGAUUCUCCAGGCAUGUCUUCAGAAGACUGGCUCAAGAUCCAUGGUUUGGUUGCCAAGAAACUCACCAUCAUGGAUGCUUUAUCAGCAGCAACUGUUCCUCAUUGCCCCACCUAUAUUCCCAUUCUUGGCAAGAAAGUUGUUUCCAAGGUCUUUGAUGAAGUGUUCCCUCUGGCACAUGUGUGCAAAGACACAGAUAAGAUGACUUUAAUUAAUCCCCAUGGAGUCAGAUUUAAUAUCUACAAGCAAAAAGUGGAGCAGGCAAUUAAAUCAUAUGAAAAACGCUUGAAUAAAAUAGUUUGGCGAGCACUAUCUCAAGAGGAAAAAGAAAAGUUGGAUGCAAACAAACCAAUGCGCUAUUUGGAAAAUAAAGCAGCUUUAAACGAAGCAUUAGAGCGGUUGAAUUGGCCCAUUUCGUUGAAAGAGCUGUCAAUGCUGGAAAAUGAAAUCUUGGCUGGGAAAAUGUAUAUCCAGCAGGCCAUGGAACUCCAGGAAGCUGCAAAGAAGGAGAAUUAUUUGAACAAGACACUGGGAGAGCAACAGAAAUCUGAAGGAAAAGCAACGAAGAGAACUAAAUCAAAAAAGUUGGAUCCCCUCAAAGGCCAGCAAGUUAUUGCAAGAUGUGAUGAAAAUGGCUUUUAUUUUCCAGGAGUUGUGAAGAAGUGUGUGAGCCACACCCAUGCACUGGUGAAUUUCAAGUAUGGAGACAUCAAGACUGUGCCCAUCUCUUUCAUCACACCUGUGGGAGGUGCCAUGCCCUGCCCACUGCUCCAGGUUGGAGAUUAUGUGUUUGCCAAAAUUGUAGCACCCAAUGGACUUGAAUUCUAUGUCCCUGCCAUAGUCAUAGCACUUCCAAAUCAGGAUGUGGCUGAAGAUAAAUUCUAUACAGUGUUGAAAUGUAAUAACCGAAGAGAAUUUUGUCCUCGAAGUGCACUUAUUAAAAUCAGCCAAAACAAGUAUGUUCUCUCUUGUUCUCAUAUAAUGUCACCCCCAUUUCAGGAGAAUACAAAAAUAGGUGACAUGGACAAAAAAGACUCUACUUUCAUGAUAUGGCCACUCAAAGAUGCUGACACUGGGGAUUUACAAGAAAACCACAGAAGGAAGAAAAAGAAAUCUACCAAAAGGCUGCCUCUCCAGGAGAGGAUGUCCUCAGACUCAGAUGGACCUUCCCUUGAGACCAGGUCCCAAGAGUCCUAUCCUAAGAAACAUCACAGACCCAGGGUAGAAAGGGUACAACACUGUUUAUCUCAAGAACACCCUGAAUUCUCUCUCAGGAAUAAUGCAUAUGAAACUACUCCCCAGUUUCCUGGCCAGUUUAGGUCCCAAUAUAGAAAAAACUCUAACACCCUUAAGUAAUAUUAACAUCCAUUUCCCCAGAGAAGACCCUCGGCCCCAGGGUCUAGGAGUCAGCCAGCCAUGCCAUUCACACAAACACUAUGGCUGUCACACCUCCACUUCCUGCAUCCCGCCCUGCUCUUGUAGAGCCACCUUCAGCAGCCAAGGAUUGUGGACCUUUGAUAAGAAACCUUAAAGCAUCCUGUACUAAGAAAGGCAGCAUUGCUCCAGGGCUUCCCAGACCUCAACAACAUUGUGGAACUAGCCCCUCUGCUGAGUCUGUUGUAGGUACCUCUGAGCAUGGAACCAGAAUAAAAACUCUUACAUUGGAAACAUUUCAAAAUUA